CACUCCGAAAAGCAAAACAAAAUGCACUUUUUUAAGUGCAUGCAUACCUUCCCACCCUUCUCUAUAUCUUCACAAAAACCAUAUUUACAACUACAAAAGCUAGACCAAAUAUCCUCAAAAAGAUCUCCAUCUUCACAAUCACCCCAAACGAAGACCACCAUUAUGGCUCUCGCCACCACCAAAACCAAGAGACCAAUUUGCUCUAUCCAAUCUAGCCUAGCAACCACCCUCUUCUUAGUCCUUCUCUUUACCAUUCCGGCCCUUCUCAUAUUACAUACCCCUGCGACUUCUAUAUGCAAUACCUUUUCUCCCACAACUACCACUUCUUUCCUCGGGGAUCUUAGGUCCGCAAAGUUCUCAUGGAAUCAUUUAAGUUUCUCUGCUCACAUCCCUCCACCUGUUCCCCUUAAGAUAGCCGUUUUCACUAGAAAAUGGCCAGUUGGGACAACGCCUGGAGGGAUGGAGCGCCACGCAUACACUUUGUACAUGGCUUUAGCCCCUCGUGGCCAUGAGAUCCAUAUUUUCACUUCUCCGCCACAUGAAGAUGUCAGUUUUAUGAACACCAAGACUACCAAUGCUCCCAUUGUGCAUUUUCACGAAGAUGCAGAACCCGGUCAAUGGAGAUACAACAAGGCGUGGGAACAAUAUGAGGAGGAGAACCAAAAACGUCCAUUCGAUGUGAUCCACACCGAGAGUGUUGCGUUACCUCAUUAUAAAGCUAGAAAUAUCCCCAAUCUUGCAGUCUCAUGGCAUGGAAUUGCACUAGAAAGUGUUUCAUCAAGUAUCUAUCAAGAUUUGUUAAGAAGGCCUGAUGAACAAGUCUCAGAGUCAUUUAACAAGAGUUUACAAGUCAUGAUCCCAAAAGUCUUGAAUGAAAUUCGGUUCUUUAGAAACUACCAACACCAUAUUGCUAUUAGUGAUAGUUGUGGUGAAAUGCUUAGAGAUAUUUACCAAAUCCCUAGUAAACGAGUACACGUGAUCGUUAAUGGAGUAAAUGAGAACGACUUUCGUGAAGAUCCUGAAUUAGGGAAAAAGUUUAGAUCUGAUAUUGGUGUACCCAAAAAUGCAAGUUUACUCCUAGGAGUAGCUGGAAGACUAGUGAAAGAUAAAGGGCACCCUUUACUAUAUGAAGCCUUUGCAAAGCUAAUGAAAAAACACAAAAAUGUAUAUUUGGUGGUGGCUGGGGCUGGUCCAUGGCAACAAAGGUACAUGGAGCUAGGGUCCCAAGUGAUUGUGCUUGGAUCCAUGAGCCCUUCAGAGCUACGUGGGUUCUAUAACGGGAUUGAUAUCUUUGUGAACCCGACUCUUAGACCACAAGGGCUCGACCUAACACUCAUGGAAGCAAUGAUGGCUGGGAAACCAUUGUUGGCAUCACGCUUUCCUAGCAUCAAAGGGACUCUUCUUGUUGAUGAUGAGUAUGGUUUUAUGUUUUCACCAAAUGUCGAGUCAUUGGUGGAGGCUUUGGAGACCGUGGUGGCAGAAGGCCCGAGAAGGCUUGCCCAGAGAGGGAAGGCGGGCCAAAAGUAUGCAAUGUCCAUGUUUACUGCUCAGAAAAUGGCGUUAGCUUAUGAGAGACUGUUUCUAUGUAUAAAGAACGAAACAUAUUGUAUCUAUCCUUAGAUUACAUACCUUAUUCAGUUUUUGACGAUUUCUUAGAUUAUAUUGAUACAGUUAACCAACUGAUACAUCAAUCUUUUUUUAAAUAUAUUUGAUUUUACAGA